AUGUCUCCGUCACCACCACCCCUUCCGCCAAACACCACCUCCGUCGUGCCCCGCCCCUACGUCCUCUUCUUCCUCUACCUCGACCCCCUCACGGCCCUCUACGGCGCAUGGCUGCACCUCGCGACCCCCUCCGUCGCCGCCACCGCCAUGGCGCCCUCCGCCGCGCACGACCCGUCCCAGGCCUUCGUCUACCGGCAGGCGGGCGGGCUGGCGCUCGCCGUCGCCGCCCUGGCCGCCGCGCUGCCGCGCCUGUCGACGGACCUGCGCGUGUGGCGCGCCCUGCAGGCCGCGCUGCUGCUCGCCGACGCGGCGGCCCUGAGCGGCGCGUACGAGGCGCUGCGCGUGGGCGGCAGGUUGGGCAGCACGAGCACCUGGACGGACGAUGAUGUGGGCGUGGUGGGCUCGUAUGCGGUGAUUACGCUGGUGAGGGCGCUGUUUGUGCUGGGGGUUGGGUUUGGGGCGCCGAGGGAGGAGGGGGAGGAGGCAAGGAAGGGAACGUAA